UCUGGUCAUUUGUGAUGGAAAUUUGCGAAGGUAUGCGAGCGCUGAUGACGUAGUUACGAGCAAUUGUAGGUUGGGUCAAAAUGGAGGACGAUCGGUCCUUAACUGCAAAAGAAAAGAGGCAAGAACAGAUAACUAGAUGGAAAAAUUCAGCUACUGAUUUAGAAUGUCCAACAUAUGCAAAUCCAAAAGUGAGAGUCAAGUUCGAUGACGGUGCAGUAUUCUUAGCUGCAUGUUCUAGUGGAGAUUUAGACGAAGUCAGAAUAUUGCUCAAAAAUGGGGCGGAUAUAAAUUUUGCGAAUGUGGAUGGAUUAACUGCUUUGCAUCAGGCAUGUAUUGAUGGAAAUGUCGAAGUUGUCGAAUUUCUUGUUGAACAUGGAUCAGAAAUUGAUCAAGAAGAUAAUGAAGGUUGGACACCACUUCAUGCCACUGCUUCAUGUGGAUUCAUGGAUAUUGCUAAAUAUCUGGUCAAAAAGGGUGCAAAUGUUGCUGCUGUCAACAGCGAGGCAGAAUUACCAAUCGAUAUUGCAGAAGAAGAUGAAAUGGUUGAAUAUCUUCAAUCUGAAAUCGAUAAUAAAGGAAUUGAUGUCGAUGAAGCCAGAGACAUUGAACGUUUAUUUAUGUUAGAAGAUGCAAAUAUUUUAUUGGAUAAAUAUCAAAAUGGGGAAAAGGUGGAAAUAUAUAGGCAUUCAAAAUCAGGCGCAACUGCAUUGCAUAUUUGUGCAGCUAAAGGAUACAAUGAUGUUUUGAAAAUUUUAAUCAAAGCUGGUAUCGACGUUAAUUCAAGAGAUCAUGAUGGAUGGACCCCACUUCAUGCUGCUUCUCACUGGUCACAAGAAGAAUCCUCUAAAAUUUUAGCUGAUAGAAAUGCUGAUUUCAAAUCCAGGAGUAAUCUGGGUCAAACACCUUUUGAUGUCGCAGAUGAAGAUAUGUUGGAAUAUUUACGGGAUUUAGAAACAGAACAAAGUGAAAAUAAACCAAAUAUCAAAACGACUCCUGUCAUAGAGCCUCCACCUUUAAAAUCUGACAAAAAAUCAUCUCCAUCUACCAAAGAAUCAUCAGAUAUAUUAAGAAUAAACGAAAUGCAAAAUGGCGAAAAAAGAUCUCGUAAAAUGUUGGAAGAAGAAUCACCUGAUUCGUCGUCAUCAGAAGAAGAAGAAGACAGUAUAACAUCGGCUACCAGAAUAUCUUCACCUCCUCCUAUUAAAUCACAUGAAACGAAAAGUUCUUCACGAACUUCGUCACUUUCAAACGACCAAUCGGAUGAUUUCAUCAGCAGUUAUAACAGUAGACGCAAUCGUCCAGCUUCUUUGCACAUAUCAUCGUCAGAACCACCUCAUCAUAGACCACUUCAAAUGACAAACAGUGAAGGUGGUUCAAAACCAAUAGCAGCAACACAACCAGUACAAGCAGUGGGCCGAACCAGUAGAGAAAAUGGUAGUAGAACAACUUUACUUUCAAGAGACAAAGAUGAUACACCUUCAGCUUGGCGGACAGGUUUACGAAAAACUGGUAGCUUUGAUGAAAAAUCAAAAAUUAGUAUGCAGAAUUUACAAAAUAAAGAAAUUGAAAGAUCCUCAUCUUAUUCCACAAGAUUCAGUGAGGAGACAAAAAACGAGACAAAAACAGCAAGGGUUGCACCGAUCCUUGAUGCCAGCAAAUCGAAAACAGAUGCAGAAACAGAUGAAUCUAAUGAUUUACUUUCCAGGUUUGGUAGAAGGAAAUACGACACAAAUCAAAGUGCAACAACUGAUCCUACUCCAGAUACAUCUGCUUCAUUUAAGAGGAGCAUAUCUUAUAAGAAGGCUGUUGGCCGAACAGAAAGCCUCGAAAAUCAUGAUGACGCAAAUAUUGAGGCUCUCACCAAGAGGCCUAAAACAUUCAGUAAAAUAUCAGAAGAUGACAGUGAAAAAGAAAGUCCAACCACAACAACAACAGCUUCUAAUGAUGCCGCAGCUGCUGCUAGUAAAUCUGUGGAUUCUCGACGUUCUCAUUUGCAACCAGUAAGAGACGAAGAAGCAGAAGCACAAAGAAGAAUAAGAUCGAGGAGGGAAAGACAGACGAGAAGGUCAACACAAGGAGUUACACUCGAUGUAGUUGAAGAAGCGAUGCGAACUAUAGGACAAUUUAGAAAGCAGAAACCUGCUACUGAUAAGACGAGUACAGAUACACCAGAUUCUAGAACUGAUACAUCAUCAACUUAUCUCAGGGGUAGUGAUGAUACACAACAACCAGCUUCAUCUUCUUCUCAAUCCAGUUAUUUUACAAAUACGGCGACUAGUUCAAGCACUCCAGUUACCUCACUACCGUCUGGUUACAUACCCUCAGAUCAAAGAGUGAAAGGCGGUGCAGAAUCAGCAUCUACUUCUUCCAACUCAAAAUCUGCUGCUCUCAGUGUACCAAGUAUUUCCGUGGACCCUACUGUAUCAGAAGGCGAAAAUGACAAAGGUGACAAAUCAAGUGGUGAAAACGGAUUGAGUGCUGCUCAAAAACGAAGGCGGAAUCGAAAAGAACGGCGGUCUACUGGUAUUCCUGAUGCAAAGCCAUCAUCGACAGCUACAGAGAACAACGAUGGAGAGGAGGAUGAAGUUUCAUCAAAAGAAGAUAACUUAGAUUCUGGAAAGGCGGAGAGGCUACGAAUGAAAUAUGAUUCGUCAUCUCUUCCUAACCGCCAUGAACGACACAAUAGAUCUGGUGUACGAGCCAGUGAUUCAGAUAUUCCGUCCAGGUUAACUCAGUCACAAACAGCUUCAGAUGAAAUUUCUUAUUCGUCAUCUAGGAACAGAACAACUGACACAAAGAAUUAUAAAAAGUUAUACGAAGACAAUCAAGUUGAAAACGAUCGAUUAAAGAAUGAUCUCGCGGAAGCACAAAGGAAAGUUGGCGAGUUGGAAGCAAGACUAGAAAAAGCUGAGGAGAACUCAGCCAGGAAACAAGCUCUUGAAAACGAAAAAAGAGAGCGAAGAGCUUUGGAACGAAAACUAGCAGAUGUGGAACAAGAAUUACAGAAUUCUGAAAGUGCCGAAAAAAUUCGUACUGCAAAUGGACAGUUGAAAGCUGAGAAUACAGCUCUACAGCGUAUUGUGGAGAAGCUUGGCGGGAGUGUUCCGGACGUCAUAAGUCGCGUUAUCAACGAAUCUCCUGCACCAUUAUCGAGAGAACGAGACAGUUUACAUUUGCCAAAAAAUACAAAAAUGAAAUCAGAGUCAGCACCAGAUUUAAGAAAAUUAGAUGAAAUAGCAGAUAAUACUGAUAGGAAAAAGGAAGAAUCUCGUGCCAAAUCUAUCAUUUCUCGAUCAUCCUCAUCUUCUUCACUUUCUGAAGAUGAUAAAGUAGUUGAGACACGACGAGCUUCAUCGGCAUCAAUUCAAGGAUCGGAUACAUCCGUAAGGUCUCGUAGUCUCAAAGAUCGAUCUGAUUCACCAGCAUCGUCAAUACACUCUGAUACAACAUAUUCGCUGAGAAGAAAAGCAAGAUUGGAAGCAUCUUCAUCGUCACCUUCUCUUCUUUCGCGAACCCAUUCACCGAGACGAUCGCCUGCUUCGAGUUACAGCAGCGGACUGUCUGAUUAUGGUCGUUCAUCAUCUACAACUCAUUCACGUUACACAAGUAGAAGGGACACUCCUUCUUCCGCCCUUUCCUCUGCUGGAUCGUACACUAUACCAAUAUCAUCAUCGAGGAGAGAAUUUUUAAAAACACUUCCUCCGUCAACAAAAUCAUCAACUUCAGCAUCAUCUUUUCGAACAGCUCCAACUCCUUACAGCAGUAGUAGUACAUCUUACUCUCCUAAAUCAACUUACGGUUCUUCUGCAAGUUCAAGGCCAAGACACGGAUACUCAUCAACCUUGAGCAGCAGCACUGGGCGAACUGGUACAUCAAAAACGACUCCUUUGUCAAGUUACACCCCUAAAUAUUCAAGUAUGAGUUCGUCGAGGCGUCGCAAGUACUGAGCGUGAAGAAUAUUGGCACUAGAUCCUUUCAAUAAAUCGUUUUUCCACUGUACAUACCGAAUGCUUCCUUUCGUACCAUCGAUACACUGAUUCAAUUCUUCUCAACAACCAAGUGCCAUAUAAAGGAUCUAACUGCCAACAUCUUCUAUCAUCGACUCUCUCAGGUACUUGCAGAUUUAAAAGCGGCCAAUCAAAGACUCAAAGAUGAGAACGGCGCUCUUAUACGUGUCAUCAGCAAACUGUCAAAAUGACGAAUUGAGAGAACAUCAUCAUCUUCAGUAUGUUGCAUGAGUGAAAAGUGGAUUUCACUGAUCAACCCAUGAUCAUAUAUCUUCUUGCCUCACUGGAUCUGCUAUUGAACUUUUGAAUGAAACUCAGAUGUUCUUAGCCACGUUUGUUUAUUUGAAUAAGGUGUCAUUUUUAUGCCACACUUCGUUUUGCACAUGUUGAGGAUAUCAGUAAUGACUACUCCUAUAUGAAUCAAUCAGCUGGCAUUCGCAGUCAUUUAAAAUUAUCAAUAUCAAAAUGGUGGUGAUAUUAUAUUUAUGUAUACAGUACAUUCUCUGUGACGUGGCAUUACAUUAGAAAAAAAUAGAUAUUUCCAAAUAAUAGGCGAUAUUGGUUGAUUAUUUCGUGGUUAACUUGUCUGAAGUGCGGUUAUCACACUUGAAUUAUAGCCCACCCAGCAAUACAGUCCAAUAACAUAUUGAAGCUAAUCCUGUCUGCUUCUUAUGUAUAGCCAAACAUGGCCCUACUGCACAAAAGCAUCCUCACAGUAUUUUGAAUUGCUCAAAUUGCUGAAUAUUAGAUUUACGAUUGAUUACUGAUAUGGUUACAAAUACCUGAUAGUGUAAAUGACACCAUGCUUCAGUGCCUCAAAUAUACAUGUUCAAGUCAAAUAUUACUGUUCUUGUUAAAUAUUGCUAUAUUGUAAGCAUUUCGUUUUGCAGAUUUUAAACAAGUUUGAACAGGCUGGCUAUCCGGAAUACAUUAUCACAGUACACAAACACAACCUUGCAUAUAGCACUUUACACUGAUUUUGAGAGAAUCAUCUUAGCUGAUGACAUAAUAACACCGUUUAGCAUAUGUGCCUUGAAUAAAAAAUUUAAGAUUACCAUUACAUUAACACCAUCCUCUCUCUAGUUCUGUGAUAUAUUCUGCUUAUUUUGGUUCAGCCCAGAGGCCAGCCCGUGUCAAUUUUGUUUCAAACCUUUUGCACCUUACUUUAAUAGAUAAUUACGAAUGGGUGCUCCGCACUUUCAUGACAAUCAUUUAAAUAUGUUGAACUUAUAAACCGGGUUCAAUCUUAAUGAAGUUGGUUUUAGUAUGGAAAAUGUGUUAUUAUAUAACUUUCAAAUAUAUAAGUGUUCAAUUUAUUGAAACCAUAGGAUUCUAUAGAGUCUACAAAUUAAUCUUACUUCUAUAUAUUUUUACUUUAAUUAAACUGAUUUGUUUCGGUUUUAGAUUUAAUGAUUUGCAGUACUAUUUCGUGCAUUUUUGCACUUCUCAUUCAUUCUUGUUCGGCUAGUGGCUAGUUGGAAGAUGGGUGAUACUCUGCAUUGUAUCAUAUCAAAGUGAACUAAAGUUAUGCCUCCAAUAACUGAUUUGUUAUACUAGCAAAAUGUAUUGAAAUUGAGCCGAUUUUACUCGCCACCAUAUUAACUUACUCCCAAGUAUUUGAUGAGUUCUUUCAGGGUGCUUGGCUAGCCAAUUUAACCUUUAAUAUAACGUUGUUAUUGGGUCGGUUGAUAUAUUAUUCUCUUUCUACCACUGAAAUGAUUCUUAUUUUACUGAGUCGUUUAUAUGAUACUAUACACAGCACAAAUCGCAUGUUAAAGCUUUGAUUUCAUUUUCCUCGUUUUCUUUUUUACUCUUUGUGGAUUUAAUUUGAUAUUAUUUUUGUUUAUUUAAUCAAACUUCAUUAUUAUCGAUUUUGAUAUUAUUCUGUUGUUUCUCCAUAUAAAACCACUUUAUAGGCGUAAUGCGAUGAAUGAUAACACAAUGAUCGGUGAUUUCUCCAAUCAAAAGCAAAACAGAAAAUGAAUUUGGUUCGA